GGGAGGGCUGCCUGGCCUCCCUCUUGUCGGCUCUUACCCGCUCAGCCUUGCUGGGGUUGGUGCUCACGCCCGAAGCGAAAUCAUGCAGCUUCUGGCGAACCUCUGUGGAAAAAUUCCGGCUCUUCAGGCCGCCAGGACAGAGGGCUGGGGGUGGUGGGUUCCUGGAUGAGGACAGUGAGCAGGUGGUUACAGACGCCCCUUCUGGAUGCGGUUCAUGUGCUCCCAGACACCACACAGCCCUGGACUUCCUCACAUCUCACUGGCCACUCCUCGCCUCGCUGUGUGCUGCAAAGCCCCAGGGGUCCAGCCCCUGAACAAGGGAGGGGCCCAUACUCUGCUCCACACUCUCAUGGGGUCUCACCAGGGUUUCCAAUAUCACUCACUGAGAUGCCAACGCUGACCAGUGGUCGAUGACUGUUAAAGCCGGAUGAUGAGGAUAUUGAGGUUGGUUAUGCUAUUCUCUUUACUGUUGUAUAUUUGAAUUUUUCCAAAAGAAAAAAGUGACAUGUAAACAAACAGCACCUAUCUAUACAAGACUUGAGAUCCAAACAGCAGUUGAACAAAUGCCCAUGGACGUCAAAAAUGCAUCCUACACAUCCCACAAACCAAAUGGAGCUCGAUCCCCCGCUCUCCAAAUCUUCCCCAGCCCAUGUCCUGUGCAUCUUGGUGAGAAGCCACCGUGUUCCAGCCAAUCAGGCCCAGAGCCCUGGAGUCUGGCUUUAUUCCGUCUUUACCGCCUCCAGUACAUCCAACCCAUCAGCAAAUCCUCCAAAAUCUAUCCUGACAGAACCCUUUUUCUGGCCACUCCCAGAGAUUCCAGAACCUCCUGCCUCUGCUCCUGCACCGCUAUCUGCUAUCACUCCAACAUCACUCCCUCUUGAUGCCCCCAGGGACUGCAGGGACAGGUCUGUGCUCAGGCCUCUCCUCCAAGGCUGGGACGGGCCUGUGCUGCAGCCCCCUCCCUACAGCAAAGAACCAAUGAGUCACAGUCCUCCUCUGAACACAUUCUGUCGAGCACUCCUCGCUCUGAAUCAUGGGACCUACUUUGCUUCCUUGUCUACCAUCCAUCAUCCACACCCAUCAUCAGCUCCAGGAGAGCAAGGCCCAGUCUGUAUCACCAGCACCCCCAAUAGCACCCAGAAAUCAGGGGCCUCUUCACAGACACUGCAUGCUGGUCCCCAAAUCGUCUACUUUGCUGAACUGCACUCUGGCAGGCUGUCAGCACCUACAUGGAGGGACGUGAUUGCAUCCCUGCAGACCCCAAGGCUGAUUAACUGCCAGGCUUCAAGGAUAUAUCUCACUCUCUGUGGCGGGCACCAUGAAGAAAAUUCUCUCUGGUCCAAAAGAAAUCCAUCUCUUCUUCUAGUAACCAGGCCAUCAACCAGGCCCCAUGGCUCAGGAAUCCCCAUUACUUGGGCUGCUAGGGGCUCAAAGCAAGAUCUGAAGCCCCUCCUGGCCAGUGGGGAACACCCAAGAUCAAGAACAAAGGCUCUGGGCCGGCCCCGUGGCUUAGCGGUUAAGUGCGCGCGCUCCGCUGCUGGCGGCCUGGGGUUCGGAUCCUGGGCGCAUACCGACGCACCGCUUCUCCGGCCAUGCUGAGGCCGCGUCCCACAUACAGCAACUAGAAGGAUGUGCAACUACGACAUACAACUAUCUACUGGGGCUUUGGGGGACAAAAAGGAGGAGGAUUGGCAAUAGAUGUUAGCUCAGAGCCGGUCUUCCUCAGCAAAAAAGAGGGGGAUUAGCACGGAUGUUAGCUCAGGGCUGAUCUUCCUCACAAAAAAAAAAAAAAAAAACAAAUGCUCUACCAUCUCAGUGUCUGGGCUGGAAUACUGGUUUUUCAUCUUGCUUGUGUGUAACCUUAGGCAAGUUACUAACCUUUCUAUGCCUCAGUCUCCUCAUCCGUGACAGGUGAUGAUAGUAAUAAUAAUUAGUAGUCACAACGCUUAGUGCUGAUAAUGGUCAUGGUGGUAACUGGUAUUAACAUCUGUUCAGCAUCCAUUACGUGCCAUGCGUGUACCUUGUCUAAUGCCUGCAGCACUCUCCCCUUUCUCUCUUUAAAGGGUCCUGACUGUGGGGACGAGAUGCCCUGAGGCACAUGUGCUGGCUGUCUCCCACAGGAGGAGACAAGAGGAGAGUGGGGUCAGGUGCCCACCUGCUGGCUCCCUCCCUGCGGGGCCCUCCCUGGUGGGCAGUGGCUCCUGCUGCAGCUAGAGCUCUCUGUCUUGGUCCUGGAAUGGCUCGCUCUCCUCGCCCCACAUGACAGGUACGAAUGCGCCCCCGUGGCCGGCCCAGCAGGUGGAGAGCGCGGCUCUACAGCGGGUGACGUUGAGCCUGUUACCUUUGGACUGUUACUGCUUCAUCUGCCUCUUCCUGCCCUUGCCUCCCUUCCUCUGUCUCACCUCAGCCCUUCUGUGGUUCUGGACCGCACAGCCCUUGGGAGCCGCAGGGAAUAAGCACAAAUGAAGGCCGGGGCAUACCUCUUCCUGCAGCGGAACCUCUGCACCGGGGUCAGCGUGGCCACACCCAGGCGCUUCAUGACCAGACGGUAGUGGAUGUCGUUCCAGAGCUGCACCAGCUCCUGGCUGCCACCUGGCACCCGGCAGCCCUGCCAAGAAAAGCCUGCUGAGACCUGGCUGCCCUCGCCCACCCUGGAGCACCGCCAUCCGACCCAACCUGACCCCUGGGAAGAGCUGCUCAUUGACGUGCAGCUGGCUCCACGGCCACCGGCUCACGUCAGCCCUUCAGCCUCCCACGAAGCACACGAGGUGUCACGCUGGGUGUCAAGGAUCCUAUAAGGAGGAAAACCGCAGCAGCUCCUCCCUCACAGGGCCUUCGGUGCAGUGCAGGAGGCACACGCAACACAGGCUGACAAAUAAAUAGGCUUCUAAUCACGAACUGAGGAAGGAGCCACAGAGUGGGGAACGAGGGGCUGUACUACAAUAAGGGGGCAGUGCCUAGGUGGAGUGACAUUUAAAGCAGAAACCAGAGGGGCCGGCCCAGUGGCGCAGCAGUUAAGUGUUCACACUUCUCUUUGGCAGCCGGGGUUUCACAGUUUCAGAUCCUGGGCGUGCACUGAUGCACCGCUUGUCAAGCCAUGCUGAGGCGGCGUCCCAUAGAAAAUAGAGGAAGAUGGGCACAGAUGUUAGCCCGGAGCCAAUCUUUCUCAGCAAAAAAGAGAAAGAUUGGCAUCGGAUGUUAGCUCAGGGCUGGUCUUCGUCACAAAAAAAAAAAGCAGAAACCAGGUAGGAAGGCACCAGCCACAGAAAGAGUCGGGCUCUAGCCUCUGGCAGAGGGAAUGGCACGUGCAAAGGUCCUGAGACAAAGAAAUAUCUCAGGAGUUGUAGGAACAGCAAGGAAGCCAGCACAGUUAUUGUGGAGGAAGCCCAGGGAGAGUCUGGAGAUGAAACUGUGGAGAAGGCGGGCUCAGAUCGCAGGCAGGUGCACAGCAUGGUCCCAUCUGCAGUUUUAAAACUCCCUCUGGCUGCUACGUGAGGAACAGAUCAAGGAGGCAGGAGAGGACAUAGGGAGAGCAGCGAAGAGGACAUCACAUGGCUGGUGGGGAGGGGCGGUGGAAAUAGAACUGGAAAGAAUUGAGCAUCUUGAAGGUAAACUCAGCAGGAAUUAUGCACGGACUGUAAUAUGUGGUAAAAGAGAGAAAAACUGACUCCCAAAUCCCUUAUUUGAACACCUUUGAGCCAGAUAUAUUUUGGAAUUCAGAAUUUCUCAGAUUUUAGGAAGUAACACAGGUAUAUACUACAUAAUAUGCACCACCCCAGUAUAAUCUGGGGCAGGCAACAUCCUGCUAUCAAACAUACCAGUAUUUGGGUAGCAAAAUGUACCACAGGCACAUUAAGUGAAUAAAUAAAGACCAUGCUGGGACGGUGGUGGCCGCUGCAUGCCUCUGCACCCCCCACAGACCACUCCUACCUCCAGCAGCCG